AGCAAACAUCUGGAUCUGCUGGAGAGAUUAGGCCAUAAACCCCGCUCUUUCCCUUCCCCCGGAGAAAAUGAUUUCAGCUUGCAAAUAUUUAAAAAGGCGCUACAAGACAAAGACGAAGGGAGGUAGACACCCAGCGGUACUUUGAAGGCAUUUAUUCUGCAUGAGGGUUCGUGAGGCAGGGAGCCGCUAUAAAACUACAAUUCCCAGAAUUCUGUGUGCUUGCCGGACCAGUGGAAAAUGGCCGCUUUUAGCAAAAUUGGUGCAUUCCUGAAGAAUGCCUGGGCCAAGGAACCUGUUAUUGUGGUCUCUUUUGCCAUUGGCAUUGUAGCUUUGACAAUGCCCUUUGUCAGCCCCUACACGAAGUACAGCGCCAUGAUCAAUAAGGCUAUGCCGUACGUAUAUCCAGUGCCAAUUCGGGAUAAUGGAAACAUGCCUGAUAUUCCCUGCCAUCCUUGUGACAAGGAAGGCCCAAGCCUCGAAUGGCUGAAGAAGUUCUGAGACCUCACAAAAGGCAUACUGAAGGGUCCACCAAACUCAACUGGCACCACAUUACUACCUGCUGUUUUCUUCUAGAUGUGCAUCACUUCCAGAGUGUAAUAAAACUGCUGUUAACUUGAAA